UGGAAGCAGCAGCUACAUAGUGCCCACAGCAGCAUCCGUGAGUGAGUUGAGUAGUGUUAGCUCACUGCACAUUGGUUAAUCCCCUGAUUUGUACCAGACCCUUCAGAAUACAGCGUUACGCGUGGCUCCUCAGCUAUCAGUAAAAUUGAUAAUACAUCGUUUGUAUUUUGAUUGUGGGCAGUUGAAGUUUCCAUAUCGCCAAACUGACUGAUCUGUCAUUCAGAGAGGUAACGUAGAAAUUAGUUCACUAGCUGAGCAUAUCAUGGAGACGGAAAUACACGUGCCUGUUGGCUCACCGGCAAUAAGAAAAUUUCCAAUAUUAGUCGACGAACAUAAUGUUGUCGGUGGGGCCAUGAAGUUGAUAAAAGAGCUGCGACCAGCAUGGGACAUAAAGCUCGUAAAGACCAAGCUCUUCACCGAUGGCACGACCAACAAGCUCGUGGGCUGCUACACCGAGGCCGACCCAGAGGACGUAGUGCUGGUGCGCGUCUAUGGCAACCGCACAGAACUGAUCGUGGACCGGGACAACGAGCUGCGCAGCUUCCAGGUCCUCCACGCCAACGGCUGCGCCCCGCGCCUCUACUGCUCCUUCCAGAACGGCAUCUGCUACGAGUUCAUGCAGGGCGACGCACUGGGGACGCAGGACGUCCGGGACCCCGUACUGCGGAGACUCAUAGCCAGAGAGAUGGCACGCAUCCACGCUAUCCAUGCACACAACGGCUGCAUCCCUAAACCCAACCUGUGGAUCAAGAUGCGCAAGUACUUCUCCCUAGUUGCCACAGAAUUCACCGCAGAGGCCUCCAACAGCAGAAUCCAACAGGAAGUUCCCAGCCAGGAAAUACUGGAACAGGAAAUGACCUGGAUGAAGGAGCACCUCUCUCAGCUGGGUUCUCCUGUUGUGCUGUGCCACAAUGACCUGCUCUGCAAAAACAUCAUCCACAACGACAAAGAAGGCCAUGUCCGGUUCAUAGAUUAUGAAUAUUCUAGUUAUAAUUACCAGGCUUUUGACAUUGGGAACCACUUCAAUGAAUUUGCUGGCAUGAGUGAGCCAGAUUUCGGCCUGUACCCCAGUCGGGACAUGCAGUUGGAAUGGCUCCACACGUACUUGCAGAACUACAAACUGUACACCAAGAAAGGAGAGGAAGUCAGUCAGCAGGAGCUGGAGACUCUCUACGUGCAAGUCAACAAGUUUGCCCUGGCCUCGCAUUUCUUCUGGGGUUUCUGGGCACUUAUCCAGGCCAAAUACUCCUCCAUCGACUUCGACUUCCUCGGGUACGCUGUGCUCCGUUUCAAUCAGUACUUCAAGACCAAGCCAGCCCUCAUGGCCCUGACCGUCCCCGAGUGAGAGCUCGGCCAGGGCCACAGGAGGAGGAGGGUCUGGCUCCAGAGCGGACACCAAGUAGCCAGGCCGUAGGAUGCUUCUGGGGGUGGGUUGGUGUGGGAUGGGAUGGGGUUAAGCAAAAGUGGAAUGGUCUGGUUGACGGUGCAUCUCCUGCUCCAUCCUCCAGCUCAGCAUCUUGUCACAUGUCAAAUGCAAUUCCUUUCCUUUUUGUCCUUUUUACUUUCUAUCGCUUCCUUCAGAACCUUUCCUUAUCGUCGCAAGUUUCCCUAUACUCCCCAUGUUCUGAUGGAUCCAGAACCGGACCUAGUUUGACAAGAGUGUGUGUGCUCUGUGUGUGCGCGCGAGCGUAAUGUGUAUGUGUACGAGUGGGUAACGCAUGUGUGUUGUAAUAAGUGGACCAUUUCUAAUUAUUUAUUUAUGAAACUGGUGACUAAGCCCAGUCAUACUCACGAACACACCCCUGGACCGCUGUGUGUGUGUGUGUGUGUGUGUGUGUGUGUGUGUGAGCCUUCGGGCUCCUGAGCAGUGGUGUCCUCAGCGGUCAGGAGCCGUGUGCCGUGGCACUUUUGCAGUGGUGAGAUGAGUUGGCCGGUGUGGUAACUCUGUGCGGUGGAGCACGUGUCCCUCAAGCAACUGGUGGGCGCUCUCAGCAACCCACAAACUCUGGUGGAGUUAGAAGGCAUAUUAACUUUGAAAAAAAAAAAAAAGAACUUAUCGCUUGCUUGCUCUCCUCCAAUAUAUAUUUUUGUUGCUUUUUUUAUAUCUUAACAGUUCAUUUAUGGACAAUUUCAUGUCUUAUUUAAUUCUAGGUAUGGUGCUCUUGAAUGCAGAACAAAAGUUUGCAUUCUCAGUUUUGAUCCAGAGCAUGGUUAUUACCGCAACUCGGUUGUCAGUUGCGGAUACCAUCUCUUUAGCUUGUCUCGCUGCUCUUCUAGAACAUUCCCUGACCAGUGGGCAGUGAGGACAUUCUCUCUCUCUCUCUCUCUCUCUCUUGACCUCCAACAGGAGACACUGCUUCCACAUCUUUGGCUUUUAUGGUUAUCGCCCAGCGAGGCUGUGUUUAACUUUCCACUCAUCACGCCGGGGGCCAUGGAGCAUAACCACCUCCACCACCUCCUCCUCCUCCUCCUGCCCUCCACCCCUCCUUCCUCCCCUCUGCCGUCCUUCCUCUCAUGGUCUCUCCUCCGUUCCCUGGGUUCCCACGGUUUGGACUGGUGCCGGUCAGAAUCUGUUGCCCACUGAGAUCCCUCUCCAGCGAUCUUGUUUCAAAAAAAGAAAAAACAAAACAGAGCCAAACGGUUAUGCAACCAUCCUUGUGUAACAGAUACCUGAAUGAGUGUAUGAGGCUCCAGCUUGAAAAUGAAACAGCGGCCCCAGCUUUAGAUUGUAUGACUACUGUAGAGAUGAAUUGGUGUUUUCUGAGAACAAGCAGUGCUUGACUACAGGUGUGUGUAGGAACAGCUCCGUUGAAUGAAAUGGUAGCUUCCACAAUCCAAACUGCAGUCCAGUUUUGACAGGAUUAGAACAUACAAACACAUGCAAACAUUUGACAUACCCAUUAAUUUGUCACUCAUCGUGCCUGAAAAGAUUACGUAACUGUUCAGCUUGGACUGUGUACGAAUGUACCAUAAUAUAAUUGCACAACAUGGUGCACCACAAAGGCAAGCACUUGGGACACACUAUUCAUUUGUGGCUGCAAAUGUUUGACGACACAUGGCCAUAAAAUCAACAUGGAACCCAGGUUGAAGUGUCCUCUUAAGAUGAAUCUAUGACAAGUAGCUCACUAGCCCUUUCACAGGCCAGUUUGAAUAUAGUCUCAUGUGUUUCCCUUUAUACGUCACUCUGGCUUAUCAGUCCUUGUAUUUAUCUGACUGAAUAGGUUUUGUGUUUGCGGAGGUACCUCACUGGCGACGCCCACCCACACCACACUCCUCUACAGAGACCUCAUUUUAGCAUCUCUGCCAGUCAUACAGAUUGUGUAGAAUUCUGUCUGAUUAUGGUUGUUUAUUUGUCACAUUUUCCUGUUUGAAAUUCCUUAAAAAAAAUGUAUGUGUGGAAGUUAAGACGAAAACAAAAUGCAUGUGUGCAGAUGGGCAAAUUGACAAAAUGCAGGUUUGUAGAUAGACUUCCAAUCACAGAAGAAGCUGUCCUCCAAGUAUCAAUGGCAUUUCAUAAAGACAGAGACAUCAUACCAGCUCUGGUUCCACCAGUGGCCACCAUCAUCCAACGCACAAUUCUAUGAAUGCAGGCCAAGACCUACACUACUGUAAAUGCUUGCUGUUCAUGGUCUGACCGAGUCAGCCUGGUGGCAUAUACUCUGGUUGGAUUACUGCUAGCUGUCUGUGAAAGCUUCAUGACGGCAGGUGAAUUAUUUAGCAGUCCAAGCUGCAGGUGUUUAUAGCAGAGGAGACGUGGCUCUCUAGCUAUGGCCUGAAUAAUUUAGAGGCUCCCAUGCUGCCUUUCCGUGAGUCACUCCCGAGGCACGUAACCAUGAACUCUUGCCACGUCCAUUCACCUGUUCACUCCUUGUGUGGACGACAGGCUUGUGCAAAAUUCCAGAAUUGAAUUGAAACUGGCUCUUAAAUUCCAAUUAAAUUCUUGAAUUUCUCUUGCAUUUCAAUUGAGGUAGCAAACAGGAAGCCGAAUUGCAAUUUGAUUUGUGCACAACCCUGGUGGAUGAGGAAAAUCCCACCAGGAUGCAGCUAUGCCCUUGGCUUUCCAGAGUCCCAAACCCCUCAAGCUCCUUAGACUUUCCUGAAGAAUACAUGAAGGAGAUUGUUGAUGUAUGGAUAGCUUUAAUCCGACAGUCAUGGUUAUCUGGUUAAGGUGGGAUAAGAAAAUGAAUCCUAAAGGCUAUUAGUUUGUCUUGUACGCUACAGUUCACUUAAAGCAGCUCAGUCAGCAAGCAGCUGUUUUGUAGGCUGUUUCUGUACUCAACCUUUCCAGAACUUACACUAACAGAUGUACAUUGAUUAAGGGGAAAAAUACACUACAUAACUGCUUCAUAUACAGCUCUGACCAUAUACAUCAGUCCUAUAUGUCAGAAUUCCUUCAAAGGCCAGUUGACAGGAACUUCCACAGAACUCUCAAUGAAUCCUGUUGUUGCUUAUAAAAAGCAAACAAACAUCAGAUAUGCCUUAUAUAUGUGCAUUAGGUUUCUUUGUAAUAGGCUACCUUUUAAAUGAAACCGCUCAGGAGUCUGAGUAUGACGGUGCAUAUGAGGAGCAGGGACUUUGUCUAAACUUUGGUACACUGACGUUAAGCAUGUCGUUCCCUGGAGGUUGAGCACCUGUUCAUGAGUGAUGGAGUAGAUAUCAAAAUCAUUCUAUUAAAAAGAUGCUUUGAUAUGUACCUAUUUUGAUAUUUAAUAUUUAUCUGAAGGCACUUGAAUUAUGGGGAUAUUUAUUAUUGCUAUUUAAUCCAUGACAUUUCAGUCUUGUUACUUGAGAACUAGAUUAACAUGACAUGUUUGCAGUGCUUAUCAGUGAAAACUAAUUUUGAUUUGAGAAGUGAUGCUAACCCAUAAUGGCUUCCUUCCUGACUACAGUUGCAUUUCCCUGUAGUGAAUGUACUGUUCUGACUUGAAAAACAAAAGUGGAUUGAUUACUUGCUUUUCUCAGCCAGACUUUUUUGUAAAUGUGUAUGUGUGUGUGUGUGUGUCUCGUUAUGUGAUUUUUCCUUUUUCUUUUUUUUUUUUCUUCCUUGGAAAAAAAUAAAUAAAACCACGGUUUGAAUCAGGCAUGAAAUCCACUUAAGAGUCAGAGUAGGAUGCAGUGACUGAGGUGUAGUGCCAGCGUGUUACCAUUAGAGGGCACUGUUUAUCUCCUAAGCAGCUGAUCAGGGUAUAGCAGUGUCCAAGCUCUCCUCAGUCAGUCAGUCAGUCAUUCAAACAGGCCUUCAGUUCACAAAGCCCGUGGAGAAAGAGGAGAGGGUGCUGGGAGAAAGUUGUAUAUACUGUAAUAAACUGUGAAAAUGUGACUGAUAACCCUUCUCACUUCAAGUGCUUGGGUGAGUAACUUAACGUGUCAAUAAAUAUUUACAUUAAAAUCA